AUGAAGUUCCAACUUACCAUCCUUGGCUUGGCUGUUCUGGCUCUUGCAAAGCCUCAGGCUCCUCCUGAUCCAGCUCCAGCUCCUCCUUCAACCUCUCAACCUCCAGCUCCUCCAGCUCCUCCAGCUGAACCCCCAGUGCCUCCGGCCGAACCUCCCGCUGACCCCCCUGCUUCACCUCCGGCCGAACCCCCGUCUCCUCCAGGACAACCCCCGGCACCAGCUCCUGUUCCGCCGUCUCAACCGGCGCCGCCACCUCCUACCUCUGAGCCAGCUCCGGGGCCCCCUCCGUCUCCGGCACCUGUUCCACCAUCCAAUCCCGCUCCUGCUCCUCCACCUCCGAAACCGACUGGUACACCUGAUGGACCGAUCUGCGAGUGCGGAUACACGUAUUGUGCUGCAGUCCUCAAGGCUAUGGACAAGCCGUGGAAUGAUGGUCAACUAGUUGAUGGUUACUGCAAGACUCCCAAUGCCGUCUGCAAUCAGGGAACUCCUUCCACCGAGAUAGAGUCAGCUCUGUUCAUUUGUCUCUGCGCAGAACCUGAUCAAAAGGUUGGAGAUCAUAUUGAACUCUUAUGCGGAUGUGACACUUGUCUCAACGUUGGGCCGGACUUUAGAGGACGGUGCAAGAGUCCAUGCCUGCCUGGUGGUGGGUCAGAAGGUGAUUCUGGAGAUGACAAGAAAGUCAGAGGAAGCAACCCAUUCGGAUUUUGGAUUUGA